CAGGCUUUGAUCGAGCUAUGGUGAAAAAAGAAGUGGCGGAUCCAUUUUUCUUCCUUGACGUUGCAUUCCACGCUUGGUCGAGCUCGUCGUCGGACGCCGUCCCUACCUGGUUGGAGAAGUUUCAAACCCUAGGGCUUCGUCUUCUUCCAAAAUUCGUGCAGGUUAUCUUAAGCUGGUAACUGGGAUAUAAUGUCUGAGGAUGCUAGCCCAAUGUUGGUAGUUUAUGAUGACCCCUCAGACCAACGAUCCCUAUCUUUGGAUGAUACAAGCAGCGCAGAGGAAUCACCAGAUGAAACCAGGCUUUCAUUGGAGACUACUAAUGAUUCAAUUCCAUAUAUUGGGCAAAGAUUUAGCACUCAUGAUGCUGCAUAUGAAUUUUAUAGUGAAUUUGCCAAGCGGUGUGGGUUCUCAAUUCGACGACACCGUACAGAGGGAAAAGAUGGUGUUGGAAAAGGACUAACUAGACGCUAUUUUGUUUGCCAUCGUGCUGGUAACACUCCUGUCAAAACAUCAACUGAAAGUAAACCUCAAAGGAAUCGAAAAUCUUCCCGAUGUGGAUGCCAGGCUUACAUGCGUAUAAGCAAGACAACAGAAUUAGGUACUCCAGAAUGGCGUGUUACUGGUUUUGCCAACCACCAUAAUCAUGAACUUUUAGAGCCAAAUCAAGUUCGAUUUCUUCCUGCAUACAGAACUAUUUCUGAUUCAGACAAAAGCCGAAUCUUGAUGUAUGCUAAAACUGGGAUUUCUGUCCAUCAAAUGAUGCGGCUUAUGGAGCUUGAGAAGUGUGUGGAACCUGGAUAUCUACCUUUUACUGAAAAGGAUGUGAGGAAUUUACUUCAGUCAUUUAGGAAAUUAGAACCAGAAGAGGAAAGUAUAGAUUUAUUAAGAAUGUGCAGAAAUAUUAAGGAUAAAGACCCUAAUUUCAAAUUUGAGUUCACACUUGAUUCAAACAACUGUUUAGAGAAUAUAGCCUGGUCAUAUGCCUCAUCAAUACAGUCAUAUGAUAUCUUUGGUGAUGCAGUGGUGUUUGAUACAACACACCGCCUAACUGCAUUUGACAUGCCAUUGGGUAUAUGGGUUGGAAUGAAUAAUUAUGGAAUGCCUUGCUUUUUUGGCUGUGUGCUUCUACGAGAAGAAAACUUGAGGUCAUAUUCUUGGGCAUUGAAGGCUUUCUUAGGGUUUAUGAAUGGGAAGCCUCCACAGACAAUAUUAACGGACCAAAACAUGUGUCUCAAAGAAGCAUUAGCCAUGGAAAUGCCAGCAACUAAACAUGCUCUCUGCAUAUGGAUGAUUGUAGCAAAAUUCCCUUCUUGGUUUAGUGCUGUUCUAGGAGAACGUUACAAUGAGUGGAAGGCUGAAUUUUAUAGACUUUACAAUCUUGAGUCAGUUGAGGAUUUUGAACUAGGUUGGAGGGAUAUGGUCAGUUCUUUUGCGCUGCAUGCCAGUAGACACAUUGCUAAUUUAUAUACUUUACGCACGCUCUGGGCAUUGCCAUUCCUGAGAAGCCAUUUUUUUGCGGGAAUGACUACAACCGGUCAAUCAAAGUCAAUUAAUGCUUUCAUUCAACGAUUUCUGAGUGCACAGACUCGGCUUGCACACUUUGUUGAGCAGGUAGCUGUUGCUGUGGAUUUCAAAGAUCAAACUGGAGAACAACAAACAAUGCAACAGAACCUCCAAAAUAUUUGCCUCAAAACUGGAGCUCCUAUGGAGUCACAUGCUGCCGCAAUCCUCACUCCUUUUGCCUUUUCAAAGCUUCAGGAACAACUUGUGUUGGCUGCUCAUUAUGCAUCUUUUCCAUUGGAAGAUGGUUUCCUUGUGAGGCACCAUACAAAAGCUGAGGGUGGUCGCAGAGUGUAUUGGGCUCCUAGGGAAGGAAUGAUAAGUUGCAGCUGCCACCAGUUUGAGUUCUCUGGAAUUCUCUGUAGGCAUGCUCUUAGAGUUCUUUCAACAGGAAAUUGUUUUCAGAUCCCAGAUAGAUAUCUUCCUUCUCGUUGGCGUCGAAUCAGCUUGACCUCUGCUAAGACUCCUCAUAGCACACCGAAGGAUCAUGCUGAAAGAGUACAAUUAUUACAAAAUAUGGUUUCUGCUCUUAUCACAGAAUCUGCCAAGUCAAAGGAAAGAUUGGAUCUUGCUACAGAACAAGUUUCCCUCCUCCUAUCUCGAAUAAGGGAGCAACCUGUUCCGUUACAAGGUGUCAGAGAUAUUUCUGGCAUUGGUAGGAGUGUUUGACAAUUGGUUGUAGCGUAUGGUAGAAUUGGCGGUCUGUGAUUUAGUAAGGGAAGAAAAGUAAAAUGCGGAUGAUCGGGUUCGAACUUUGUAGUGCUAGAUUGAAGCUUAAAAUUGACCCUUUUUUUAAUUGUGAAGGGAAAAAAAGGAGCUAUUUGUGGGUGGAAGUUAUUCCGGCGUGACAGUUUGUAGAUUGGUAAAAAGGCGAAGUUGCCAUUCCAAUGGGCAUGCAAGGUUCCAUCCUUCCUACAUAUUGUUCCGAUGCAUUGUUUUAAAGGAUCCUAUCGUGUAUAAAUGUAUAGAAACUUGUUCAUUCUUAUACUUGUCUUAUGACAUACUGUAAUUCAUGUAAUUUGUUUUUUUUUUAUUUUGCAUAAAGUAAAAUUUAGAUAGCGUUUCACUAGCCUGAGCCAGCCUUUCAUUAGAUAUUGGUCUGGUCUUGUGUGCUAGGAAA